AUGGGUGUCCAGUCAAUGCUUGCACUGGCUGUCGUGGUUGGCGUUACCUCGUAUCUCAAGCUCCAUGGCGCCUCAUACACUACAAUUCUACUUGGUCUUCUAGUAUCUACAGUCGCCCAGCUAGCUAUAUCAUUGGUUUUCUCAAGUUUGAUCUACCGCUGGUUUUUAUCGCCAACGAAAAGUCUGCCCCAUCCUAGGGAUACACCCUUUGUAUUGGGCAACUUGAUUCCAUUCCUGAGCGAACCAUGGGGAUUUCCACUGGUUCGCUGGCAGCGUACAGUGCCGACCACUGCUAGUGGCUUCUAUCGUGUGUUUCUGGGCCCAUUCGACUAUUUGAUCCCCAAGAGUUCGCAGGCAGUGACGACGGUCAUGACCCAACCGUAUUUGUUUCAUAAACCAGCUGCGGUUCGAGAUGGACUUGUUGAAAGCCUAGGGGUUGGCCUUGUUGCUGCGGAGGGUUCUGUCCAUAAACGACAAAAGAAACUUCUUACGCCCAUAUUUGGGAUGAGUCGUAACAGGCGCCUCGUUCCUCAGAUGUGGGCCAAAGCACUCAUCCUGGCAGACAAGAUGCAAGAGCUUGUUACCAAAUCUGAUGGCAACUCGGAGAUAGUUUAUAUGCAUCCUCUGACUAUGGCAGCGACUCUGGAUGUCAUUGGUGUAACCACUCUGGGUGUUGACUUCGACUCCGUGACACGGCCGAAUCAACCCAUCUUAAAGGCAUAUCAACGCGUCUUUCCAUCAUUUGAGAAUCAGAGCACAAUCGAAAAGUUUUUCGGCGCCACUCUCCCAGCGAUAAUCUCACCGCAUCUGCUCUUUAAAUUGCCAUUGAAACCAAUCCAGGAGUUUCAUCAAGGGAUGAAAUUCUUGCAGGAUUUCUGCUUAUCUCAGAUUAGGCAGAAAAAGCAGGAAAUCGAGGAGGAUAAAAAUGACAACAUAGAUGUACGGGAAAAAGAUAUUCUCUCUGCUAUAAUAGCUUCUGGCCUUGAAGACGAAGGCGAGAUUCUUAGUCAUAUUUUGACAAUUCUCGCCGCCGGACAUGAAUCUACAGCCAUAACGUUAGCAUGGGCCAUCUUCAAACUCGCACAACACCCGAUUGUCCAAGACAAGUUGCGGGCCGAACUACUAGCAGCAACCAGAAACCGGAAAGAUGAAGGGAUGACACUUGACGAUAUCAACUCUCUAACGUACUUGCGAUGCUUUCUGAUGGAGGUCUUCAGACUUUAUCCAGCUUUUCCAGCGAUGAUGAGGGAGGCAGGCAACGGAACUCUGGUCGGUGAUCUCCAUAUUCCGAAGGGAAAACAAAUCAUGGUUAGCCCUUAUGCCGUCAAUCGAUCACAGGAGCUGUGGGGAGACGAUGCAGAGGAGUUCAGAGUCGAACGCUGGGAGGAGUCGUACAGUGGCGGAGCGAAGAGCUCUCAGGCCUUUUUGACGUUUUCCAGCGGCCCACGUAUCUGCAUUGGCAAAGACUUUGCCACACUGAGCCUAAAAGUAUUCUUGACGGUUUUGGUGUCAAGGUUCCGAUUUGAAGAGGCGAUUCCUGGUUGGCACCCCAUCAUACAAAAAGGAACGAGUCUUAAGCCUCAAGGGCUAAAAGUGAAAGUGACGCUACUUUAA